GGGCGGGUCGGUAUUGCCGCUCGUCUUCUCGCGUGUGUUGUGGUGAAUUGUGUUGUGGGAGCUACGCUGAGCCACCGCUCGCCUUUCUCAGAUUCGGGCAAAGCCCGGCCGCAUCGCGGCUAGUGCAUCUAGCAUUUGUUUUGUUUUGAGUGAGAAGUGAUCUCUAAUCAGUGAAGUGUUAAGUGACUGUUUGCCAUGGCGAUAAUCACCGGAUUCACGGUCCUCGUGGCGCUGCUCGCUAUAGGAGCAGUGCAAUGCGAGGACGAGACUAUCGGCCCUAUAUUUAUGAAGGAACCCCCGAACCGAGUUGACUUUAGCAAUACGACUGGAGCCGUUGUAGAAUGCGCCGCCCGAGGAUCCCCCACCCCCGAUGUAAUUUGGGUACGAGCUGAUGGAACCGCUGUUGGUGACGUUCCUGGAUUACGACAGGUUCUUCCGAAUGGAAAUUUGGUAUUCCCUCCCUUCCGAGCUGAAGAUUACCGACAGGAAGUACACGCUCAGGUUUACGCUUGUCUUGCAACGAAUCCUGUUGGAAGUAUUCACUCGAGGGACGUUAACGUGCGAGCUGUGGUUUCACAAGCAUAUGCUGUUAAUCUCAUGGAAGAAUAUGUCCUUAGAGGGAACGCUGCUAUUUUAAAAUGCCAUAUACCAAGCUUUGUAUCGGAGUACGUCAAUGUCGUAUCAUGGAUUAUCAGCGAAGUAGAAGAAGAGGUUGAGAUUAAGCUUGAGUCAGAUAAUAAUAAUUCAGAUGAGGGAAAAUAUUUAGUACUACCAUCGGGUGAAUUGCAUAUUCGUGAUGUUGGACCUGAGGAUGGAUACAAAUCAUACCAAUGCAGGACUAAACAUAGACUGACUGGAGAAACUAGAUUAUCGGCAACUAAAGGACGUCUUGUUAUCACUGAGCCAACAAAUAAAAUUGCUCCUAGAAAAGAUUCCACCAAACACUUCGAAGGUUGGGAAGUAUUCUUCGUGCCGCAAAAUGAUAUAGCAUAUUUGACAUGUCAAGUAGCUGCUUUCCCAGUUCCCAUAUUUAGAUGGUAUAAAUUUAUCGAUGGCUCUGCGAGGAAACAGCCAGUGGUCCUUAACGAUAGAGUAAAGCAAGUAUCAGGCACUCUUAUCAUCAAAGAGGCUAAAGUUGAGGAUUCCGGAAAAUAUUUGUGCGUUGUCAAUAAUUCUGUUGGAGGCGAAUCUGUUGAAACUGUAUUAACUGUGACUGCACCAUUAAAAUCCACUGUUGAACCAGCUACCCAAACUGUUGAUUUUGGUCGCCCAGCCGUCUUUACUUGCAGAUAUGAAGGCAACCCAGUCAAAACCAUUACUUGGCUUAAAGAUGGCAAGGACAUGAACCAUCACGACCCUAUCCUCAGAAUUGAAUCGGUUAAGAAGGAAGACAAAGGAAUGUACCAAUGCUUUAUUAGAAACGAUCAAGAAAGUGCCGGUGCUAGUGCUGAACUGAAACUCGGAGGACGAUUCGAACCACCUCAGAUCCGUCAUAGCUUCGGCGAACAGACCCUCCGCUCCGGCCCCUCUCUGCGACUCAAGUGCGUGGCUUCCGGAAACCCCACCCCCGACAUCGCCUGGCAACUCGACGGAGACAAGCUCAACAGCGGAGAGAGGCUGCAGAUCGGACAAUUCGUUACCGCCGACGGAAACGUCGAGUCGCACCUCAACAUCUCGUCCGUACACACCAACGACGGAGGACUCUACUCCUGCAUCGCAUCGAGCAAGGUGGGCAGCGCAUCUCACGCGGCGCGAGUGAACGUGUACGGGCUGCCCUACGUGCGCGUGAUGAAGAAGCGCCCCGUGGUGGCCGGAGACACGCUGGUGGCGCACUGCCCCGUGGCCGGAUACCCCAUCGACUCCAUCGUCUGGGAGCGCGACGGACGUGUGUUACCCAUCAACCGCAAACAAAAAGUUUUCCCCAACGGCACCCUCGUCAUUGAGAACGUCGAACGUACGAGCGACCAAGCGACCUACACUUGCGUGGCCAAAAACUCCCAAGGAUACAACGCUAGAGGAACUCUCGAACUUCAAGUCAUGGUUCCACCACAAAUUACUCCAUUCGAAUUUGGCGAAGAAAUACUCAAUGAAGGUGAAACAGCUUCUGUGUCUUGCGUUAUGAGCAAGGGCGAUCUACCUGUAACCUUUACUUGGCUCCUUAACGGAGAGGAAAUUAGACCCCGAAAUAAUCUCGGCAUCGUACUAACUACAAUAAGCAAGAAAACGUCUAUUUUAAACAUCGAAUCUGUCAAUGCUGUGCAUAGAGGCUCGUAUACUUGCGAAUUAAAAAACCAAGCGGGCGAAACGAAUCACACUACUCUUCUAAGUGUUAAUGUUCCCCCACGUUGGAUUUUGGAACCAACUGAUAAGGCAUUUGCGCAAGGUUCUGACGCUAAAGUUGAAUGUAAAGCCGAUGGCUUCCCCAAGCCUCAAGUUACCUGGAAGAGGGCUGAAGGAGAUACGCCUGGCGAUUACAAAGACCUUAAACCAAAUAACCCUAAUGUAAAAGUUGAGGACGGAACACUGACGAUUGCGAAUAUUCAAAAGACAAAUGAAGGAUAUUAUCUUUGUGAAGCAGUUAAUGGAAUCGGAUCUGGAUUAUCUGCUGUUAUUUUGAUUAGCGUUCAGGCUCCACCCCAAUUUGAAAUCAAAAUGAGAAACCAAACAGCUCGCCGAAGUGAACCCGCUGUUUUGCAGUGCCAAGCUAAAGGUGAAAAGCCCAUUGGAAUUAUCUGGAACAUGAACAACAAACGUCUUGAACCCAAAUCCGACCCCCGCUAUACAAUCCGCGAAGAGAUUCUGCCUGGUGGUGUUGUCUCCGACCUGAGCAUCAGAAGGACUGAACGAUCUGACAGCGCCCUAUUCACCUGUGUUGCUACCAAUGCCUUUGGCUCUGAUGAUACUAGCAUCAACAUGAUUAUUCAAGAGGUACCCGAGGCUCCCUAUGGCUUAAAAGUUCUGGAUAAAUCUGGAAGAACCGUUCAACUUUCUUGGGCUGCACCUUACGACGGAAACUCGCCGAUCAAGAAGUUCCUUAUUGAAUACAAACGGGCUAAAGGCAAUUGGGAAAAAGAUAUCGACAGAGUUCUCGUACCUGGAGAUGCGACUGAAGCCGGAGUGUUCAGCUUACGACCAGCUACUGCUUAUCACAUCAGAAUUGUAGCAGAAAACGAACUCGGAACCUCAGAACCAUCGGAGACUGUCACUAUUAUCACCGCAGAAGAAGCACCCACUGGCAUGCCACAAGACGUAAAAGUUGACGCCGUUGACAAACACACCCUUCGAGUUACCUGGAAACCACCUCAGCCUCAGGAUUGGAAUGGUGAACUUCAAGGAUACUAUGUUGGUUACAAGCUCGCAUCAAGCAACAAAUCUUUCGUCUUUGAAACUGUCGAUAUCUCCAAGGAAUCUGGCAAGGAACAUCAUCUUGAUAUCUUCAAUCUGAAAACUUACACCCAAUACGCCAUCGUUGUUCAAACCUUCAACAAAAUGGGAUCUGGUCCAGUAUCGAAUGAAGUGCGCGCUUACACUGCUGAAGGCGCCCCCUCUGCCCCUCCCCAGGACGUCCUCUGCACCACUCUUACCGCGCAAACCAUCAGAGUGUCUUGGGUAUCCCCCCCUCUUGCCGCCGCUAACGGACUCAUUAAAUCUUACAAAGUUAUCUACGGCCCCAGCGAGACCUGGUAUGACGAGAAAACGAAAGACACCAAGAUCACCGCCAGCAGCGAGACCAUCCUUCAUGGACUUAAGAAAUUCACGAACUACUCUAUGGAAGUACUCGCUACCACCAACGGAGGUGACGGUGUUCGAUCUGUUCCUAUCCACUGCCAGACUGAACAAGACGUGCCCGAAGCUCCGCGUGCAGUGAAGGCGCUGGUUAUGGCCGCUGACUCCAUCCUCGUGUCGUGGCGCCCCCCAGCGCAGCCCAACGGUGUCGUCACCCACUACAACGUGUACACGCAGGCGCAGAAUGCCGAGCCACAUCCCAACAAGGUACCCGCAUCUCAAACCAGCUACUCGGCAACCGACCUUAAAGCUGGCCGCUACGACUUCUGGGUGACCGCUUCCACCAUCAUCGGAGAAGGACAACCCUCAGCCACUGCCUCCUGCAGUCCCAGUGACAAAGUACCCGCAAAGAUCGCAUCAUUCGACGAAUCGUUCACGGCCACUUACAAGGAAGACGUUAAACUGCCCUGCCUCGCCGUCGGUGUUCCUCCUCCUAAUAUUCUGUGGAAGGUAAAAGGACAUCCUCUGGAAGCAUCGGAACGCGUACGCCAACUGCCCGAGGGUUCGCUGCAGAUCGCCGGAGUGGCUCGCGAAGACGCCGGAGAGUAUUCGUGCCACGUGGAAAACCAGUUCGGAACCGACACCGUCACUCACACGCUUUCUGUACUCGCCCCGCCAUUCCCACCACAACUGAACAUCGCCUCGUCCUCCGUGUCAUCGCUGACGCUUCGCCUGAAGCCUUCGCUGGACGCCGCACAGUCUCCCGCAGCGGGAUAUACCAUCCACUAUAAACAGGAAUUCGGCGACUGGGAAACCGUUCAGAUUCCGAGCAACACUGACACGUACACACUUGAGAACUUGUUCUGUGGAUCCAGAUAUCAACUCUACGUGACUGCUUACAACGGCAUCGGCACGGGCGAGGCGUCGGACGUGGUGAUCGCGCGCACGCGGGGCUCCAAGCCGCCCGUGCCGCGCGCCGCCGACUUCAUCGAGGUGGGCUCCUCCUCCGUCACGCUGCACCUCAAGCAGUGGCUCGACGGCGGCUGCCCCAUGAGCCACUUCGUCGUCGAGAACAAGAAGAAGGGAGCUGCCGAGUGGAACCAGAUCUCGAAUGCCGUUAAACCCGGCGGAAACUUCGUUGUACUUGACCUCGAACCAGCCACGUGGUACGUCCUGAGGAUUACCGCUCACAACAACGCCGGAUUUAACGUAGCCGAGUACGAAUUCGCAACUCUGACAAUGACCGGAGGUACCAUCGCGCCGGUGCGGGAGGUCGGGGACGGGGCUCUGACUCCGGAGCAGACGCUCAAGAUCAUCCUGUCCCACCUCAACCUCAUCGUGCCGGUCGUGGCCGCCGUGCUCGUGAUCAUUAUCGCGAUCGUGGUGGUGUGCGUGGUGCGCGGCGCGCGGGAGCACCAACACAAAGGUGAGCGGCUUGCAGGCACGGUGGCGCCGCUGCCGGGCGCCGGCGCCGGACGGGACCUGCCGCCCUGGCUGCGCGCCUGGCUCGAGCCGGAGGUGCUGGUGCCCAUCCUGGCCACCGUGGUCGUAUUCAUCGUGGGCAUGGUGGUCAUCUGCCUGACGCUGGCGCGCCGCAACACGCCGCACCGCCUGCGAGGUCAGAAGGACGCGUACUACGACGCCGUGUACAGCGCGGCGGGCGCGCUGGGCGGCGCGGGCGGCACGCUGGACAAGCGCGGCGGCCUGCGCGACGAGCUCGGCUACAUCGCGCCCCCCAACCGCAAGCUGCCGCCCGUGCCCGGCUCCAACUACAACACCUGCGACCGCGUCAAGCGCCAGGCCGUCAUCAUGGGCGCGCACUCCACGUGGGACCCGCGCCGCCACCACUACGAGCGCGUGAGGCGACUGCGCCGCGCGGGCUCCGGCGACACGCUCUCCACAGGCAUGGAGGAUGAGAUCUGCCCCUACGCCACGUUCCAUCUGCUCGGCUUCCGCGAAGAAAUGGACCCCAGCAAGGCCAUCGCGUUCCCGCACCACCACCCGUCGCACGCCGGCACGCUGGCGCACCCGCACCCGCACCCACACCCCCACCACCCCGCGCACUCGCGCGCCGGCUCCCAGAGCAUGCCAAGAGCUAACAGCCGCUACGCCCGUAAGAAUUCCCAAGGAGGACAGAGCGCCAUCUACUCCACCGCUCCCGAGUACGACGACCCUGCUACCUGCGCUGAAGAAGACCAAUACCGCGCGCGCUACUCGCGGCCGAUGUACGCGUGCGGGCCCGAGUACGACGAGCCCGCGUGCUGCGCGCCCGAGGACGAGCAGUACACCGGCGCCUACGGCACGCCCUACUCCGACCACUACGGCUCCCGGCCCAGCAUCGGAACUCGCAAGUGCGGAUCUCCCGAGCCUCCCCCACCACCACCCCGUAACGCCAACACCGAGAACAACUGCUCCUCCUCGUUCAACGAAAGCAAGGACUCCAACGAAAUCUCCGAAGCCGAAUGCGACCAGCCCCGUAACUAUCCCGUAAGGGCCCACACUGCCAAGGACGGUUUGCACAGCGACGAAAUGAGGAAACUCAUUGACAGACCAGAAUCAAACACCCCAAUCCCCCAGCAAGCAGUCCACGGGCGGGGGGGACUCACAGCCUACGAUACUGUGGCAGUGUAACCUGUGAGCCGCUAACGUCUCCUCACUUCUGUAAGCGUCUGUAUCAAACGACCACGCUCCCGCGAGUCAAUCGCCCAUCGCCUUUCAUUAAUUUCCCAUUUAAUCUUUAUUGCACAAUUAAAUAGAUUCGCUUCGCUUCCGUGUUCCCGCGAGACCGUGGCCGUGCAGAAUGCGGAUAUAUUCUUGUCAACCGUUUUUUUUUUAUCAAAAAGUGUUUCGCUACCUCGUAGCGAUUUCAUUUUAAAUGUCAAAAUAAGUUGUCUAGAUUAUUUUUACUUAUAUUAUUAGUGCACACGAGUGCCAUUGAAGUUUGGAUACCAGUUCGCCCGUAGACCCGCAGUCUAUAAUAAUUACAAAGUCGGAUGAGUUACUUCGUGCAUCCCUCCCGUAGAACCUGUCACGUCACUUUGUAUAGUGUUACCACUUUAAAUGUGAAACAGAAAAUUAUGGUUGUGGUAGUUAAAUCAAAUGAUAUAUUUUCUUUAGAGAAGUGACGUGCUAUCACUAAAUUUAUCUAAUGCGAAACAAACGGUCACUUAUCCGACUUUGUUUUUCUACAAAUAUUAUAAUGGGGUGUUUUUAUUUUUGAUCUUAUUUGUUCAGCUUAAUUUAAACGUUGGAGCGUCUGGAUUUUGUGUUGGCUCUAGAAGUGUAUUACUAAUGUUUAAAUUUAAAUUAAGCUCAACAUGUAAUCUUGUGAUAUUUUGAAUUUUUUACCCAUUUUAUUUUACGUUAGAUGUACUAACAGUAACGUUAUUUAUAUUUGUGUAUUUUUAAGACGAUCAGUUUAUAAGUAAACCGCCAACCACGAGGUUGGUCUAAUAUGCUUCCUUUUUAAUGUUACAGUUUUGUGAUGCUUUACCAUUUAUGUUAUUGCCAUGUCAUUUUUUGUAUUAUUAUGUAAUGUUUUUAACGUUUUCAUUGCGAUUUAAAUAACUUUUAGAUAAGACUAGACGUAAGGCAUCUUAUUAGUAAAUAAUCAACUCUUUAAAUAAAAAACUAUGUAAUCUGUAGCUAGUUAUGUAAGGACGUGCAUUAUUGAAAUUUCAGUAUAUAACACUAAAUACCCGAAUGAUAAUAUUUCGACUAGUAACACUAACCCCGACCUUGUCAAGGUCAUACAAUACUAUAUUAUUGAUAUGGAAUUUCGAACGCAUUUUAUAUAACCUAAUGUAACCCUAAUGUAAUAAGGUGCAUUUUUAUCAUUCAAUAAUAGUUAUCUUAUCUCUAUAUAUGCAAAUGAUUAGAUUUAAGACACGAGCGUGUCAUUUUCUAGACGUCUUCUUAUAUGUUGUGGCAUCGUCGUGUAAGCUUUGCAACGUAGGCUUGUAGAUAGGUUCUCGACUUCCUAGCAACCGAUCUCUUCUUUAAACCUUCCAAUUAGAUUUUUUGGAUUUAUAAUAAAUUAUAAUUAAAAAUUUAAAUAAGGAUUUUCAAAAUUAUAAUAUAGCUAUUCGAUGGAGAUUAAAUUAUCUACUCGUUUAAGCGUUUAAUGAAAAAAAUAUCGCCAAAUUGACGGGAUUGAUUUUAAUUUAUAAAUUUUGAUGUUUUUGCUUCUGAGUGUUGUGUCUGCGGCUUGGAUUCAUUGAUUUAUUUUCAUGAACGCAAAACGACAUUGCUAAUUGCAAUUAACUGUUUGUACCAAAGUGUUUGAAUUGUGUUGAAUAAAGUACUCAUAUUUCAACUACGAA